ACUGUGGGGCCUACUGGAGCAGUAAUCCAUAUCAGAUGUCACAAUAUUAUAUUUUGAUGACAUGACUAAAAGAAUUCUCAAUAUUAUUGCGAUAUCAACUCAAGCUGUGGUUGAUGUGUCACUCUUGUCUAUUAUCUUUGCAGACAUGAUUUUGCUUGGCAGUGGUACAGCCAGACACUACAUAGCUAGUUAUUGUAUGUUUUUCACAAUGUAAUCAUAUGUGUAUUAGUAACACAAUAUUAAUAUUGAAUUUUAGAAUAUCACAGUUAUGGUCUAUAUAGACAUAUCCUGACACAGUGUGCACAUUCAACCACUGUGCACACAAACAACAUCACAAACACCUUUAAAAAUGUUUAAAAUGUAAAUGCAUCCAAAUGUUGUGAGGAAAUAUUUCGCCAAUAAAUUGAUCAAAAAUCUAAUCCCUGUAAAAUCAGCAGAAAAAAAAGAAAUACACAUGCAGGUGUGUGUCGAAAUGACGAUAACCGAGCAUCUUUUCUUCCCUGCAGAAAUGUGAGAAGUGUCAGCUCUGCUCGUCUCCUCGCGCAGGCCCGGAGACUGGCUCAAGCGCCGCGAGCCCACUGCACUCCGCUCAGAUCUCGCGAGAGCGGCCCCUCGCGGCGGUGCCUGGGCGAACCGACGCUGUUGCUGUGGGUUUGAUUGACAGGAAACAUGUCGGUGUGGUGGGAGCGAACCGGGAUGCAGCUGCUGCCAAGGGAGACAGGGAGUACCUGCAUCCAAUCCACACAUCAGCACCUUUAAAACCACCAGGCUUCCCCCACCGAUACGUCUGCUCGCGAUGCGCUGAACAGCUUCUCUCUCUCUUUCUCGCUCUCUCUCUCUCUCUCUCUCUCUCUCUCUCUCUCUCUCUCCCCCUCUCUCUCUUUUUUUUAAACACCCAUCUGAAACGAAGGGGGCACCCAAUGGAUGCUGUGGCGAACCGUGUAGUCCCGCUCGGUAUCUUCAUAUUGUGUUUGAUUUAAGCAGAGACACCUUGAUGAAACAGCAGGAACUACGAGGACUGUUGUUGCAAUGGAGUCGACUCUCUCACGGCUCAAAGCCCGUCUGUAAACCUCCAGCAUCUCGUUUCAUGGCGUUUUGCAGGUUGCUCAUCUGCUCCGUGGGCUUCUCUCCACGUUUCUUUUCUGAAUUUAUUUUUUAAUUAUUUAUCUUUUUUUGUUGUUUUUCUUUUCUUGUUCUUUUUUUUUUUUAAAGAAAAUAUUUUCUUUCUUUUUCUUUUUUUUUUUUUUUCCUGAAAGUGCAACGGGGGAGAAAAUAACGACCACUGCUCGCAAAAACUAUGAACGAGGAGAUGACAAAAAGCGAGGAGCAGCAUCUUAGUUUGCAGAAAGCCUUGCAGCAGUGCGAGUUGGUGCAAAAUAUGAUAGACAUAAGCAUUUCUAGUUUGGAGGGUUUACGGACCAAAUGUGCCACAUCCAACGACUUGACACAGAAAGAGAUACGAACGCUGGAGGGGAAGUUGGUGAAGUACUUCAGCCGCCAGCUGUCCUGUAAGUGCAAAGUGGCCUUAGAGGAGCGCAGUACCGAGCUGGAGGACUUCCCUCGCCUCGGCCACUGGUUCCGCAUCGUCAACCUGAGGAAAGAGGUCACAGAGGAGAUGAGUCCAGGUGAGGUGACCCUGGAGGGCCUGCUGGAGAUGAGCGAGGAGCAGGUGUGCGAGCUGCUGCAGAAGUUUGGUGCCAAUGAAGAGGAGUGCGCCCGACUCAACGCCUCCCUCUCCUGCCUCAGAAAGGCCCACCAGCUCGAACAACUUGAGGAGGAUAAAUUGCACAGUAAUGGAGGGAGCCAGACGAAGCAGGACUGGUCCAUCCAGUGGCCGACCUCUGAAUCGGGCAAAGAAAACACUCCAGUAUGCCAGCCAGAGGCCAGUCAGUGGAUCCGGUUCCAGCUCGCUCAAAGCCCCAAAGUCCAGUCCAAGUACAACCAGCACAUGUGCCACAGCCCCCAGGCCUUGGCGCCCCCUUUAUAUGCCGAUCGACUGACUGUCGACAGCCCUGGCUUCCCACCCUUGGACACUGGUCACCGCUCCCUGCCCCCUUCACCCCGCCAGAGGCAUUUUGGCCACACACCUCCUCGGACUCCCUUGGUGGUCAACACCAUGACCCCACCCGGCACUCCCCCAAUGCGGCGAAGGAACAAAGUGAAGGCCCCGGGAACGCCACCUCCGCCCAGCCGCAAGCUCAUCCAUCUGCUGCCGGGCUUCACUGCACUGCACCGCAGCAAAUCCCACGAGUUCCAGCUGGGGAACCGCUUGGAGGACACACAGACACCAAAAGCCAAGAAGAAGACCAAGCCCUUGAACCUUAAGAUCCACAGCAGUGUGGGCAGCUGUGAGAAUCUGCCCACGCAGCGCUCGCCCCUCCACACUGAACGAUCUCUGCGAUCCUUCUUCUUCCCCUCCUUCAUCCCCUCCACACCUCCUGUCCAUGCUGAAACACCCUCUGCAAACACUCUCUCAGUGCCUCGCUGGUCCCCGCAGAUUCCCCGAAGAGAUCUGGGAAACUCAAUAAAACACAGGUUUUCCACAAAGUACUGGAUGUCCCAGACAUGCAUAGUAUGUGGAAAAGGAAUGUUGUUUGGACUGAAAUGUAAAAACUGCAAGCUGAAGUGCCACAACAAAUGCACCAAAGAAGCCCCACCUUGCCAUUUACUGAUCAUACAGCGAGGCGGACGAGAAUCCCUCAAAGACCACCAAGGAACAACUCAAGUAGCUCGUCUGGUACGGACCGAAUCAGUGCCAUGUGACAUCAACAACCCGCUCAGGUACACAGACCUGCACAUCAGUCAGACGCUCCCCAAAACCAACAAAAUCAACAAGGAUCACAUCCCAGUCCCGUACCAACCAGACUCCAGCAGUAAUCCCUCAUCCACCACCUCCUCCACCCCGUCCUCCCCGGCUCCUCCCCUGCCCAGCAGCGCGACGCCUCCAUCACCACUACACCCCUCCCCGCAGUCGGCGCGGCAACAGAAACAGUUCAACUUGACAGCCUCCAGUUACUUCAAAUUCAAGCAGCAGUUCAUCUUUCCUGAUGUUGCUCCAGAGGCUCCCCCAAGCAGAGCACCGCAGGUCAUCCUGCACCCUGUCCUGUCUGAACCGGGGAAUGAGGGCAACCCUUUACUUCAGAUCGAAGUGGAACCUACAUCUGAUAAUGAGGAGGGCAACGAUGAGGACUCCGGUGACGAGUUUGAGGAGAUGAACCUGUCGCUCCUGUCGGCUCGCAACUUCCCACGCAAGGCCAGCCAGACCAGCAUCUUCCUGCAGGAGUGGGACAUACCAUUCGAGCAGUUGGAGAUCGGGGAGAUGAUCGGCAAGGGGCGCUUUGGCAAAGUUUUCCACGGACGCUGGCACGGCGAGGUGGCCAUCCGCUUGAUUGACAUCGAGCGCGACAACGAGGACCAGCUCAAGGCCUUCAAGCGUGAGGUGAUGGCGUACCGCAACACGCGUCACGAGAAUGUGGUGCUGUUUAUGGGGGCGUGCAUGAGCCCACCACAUCUGGCCAUCAUCACCAGUUUGUGUAAAGGAAGGACACUUUAUUCUGUGGUGCGGGAUGCCAAGGUUGUUCUGGAUGUUAACAAGACCAGGCAGAUUGCACAAGAGAUGGUCAAGGGGAUGGGCUACCUCCAUGCUAAGGGGAUCUUACACAAAGACAUGAAGUCCAAGAACGUGUUUUAUGACAACGGCAAAGUGGUCAUCACUGACUUUGGACUCUUCACCAUAUCUGGGGUUUUACAGGCUGGCAGCCGGAGGGAAGACAAACUGAGGAUCCCCAACGGCUGGCUGUGUCACCUGGCCCCAGAAAUCAUCCAGCAGCUCUCUCCAGACACAGAGGAGGACAAGCUUCCCUUCUCCAAACAGUCAGAUGUCUUUGCUUUUGGUACCAUCUGGUACGAGUUACAUGCACGUGAGUGGCCUUACAAGAGUCAGCCAGCAGAGGUGAUCAUAUGGCAGAUUGGCAGCGGGAUGAAACCCAACCUCGCCCAAACUGGCAUGGGGAAGGAGAUAUCAGACAUUCUGCUCCUGUGCUGGGCGUUCAAGCAGGAAGAGCGGCCCAGCUUCUCCAAGCUGGUAGAUUUACUGGAAAAGUUGCCAAAACGGAACCGUCGCCUUUCCCACCCAGGGCACUUCUGGAAGUCAGCUGAGUAUGUCAAAUGAGUUAGGGACACAAAACAGCAAACAAUCAGCAACUAUCAAAAAAAAAAACGAAAAAAAACAAACAACAACAGCCGCCAUAACUCUACAUAAAAAACCCACCUCCUUAAAGAAUGCACUGAAUCCAAAAGCCAGCCCAGUGAUGAAAACUGCCCGUGCUGUGUGUAAUUUCAUGGAAUGUUGGCAUGUGUGUGUACAGAUAAGCUGACUGUCCAGCUUCUCAAAGCAGUCGGGUUUUCUUUGAGUUGAUUUCAACCAUACAGGAUAUUUUUUCCUUUAUCCUUUCUGUCUUUUACUAUUGACUCGAUCCCUUCAUAAUAUUUGAUUUAUUUCCUGGAUGUAUCUAGCUUGUAACCGUCAACUGAUCACAUCAUCAUGGACUUAAAAAAACAAAACAAAACAAAACCACAUGUUUGAGUGCAAAUGUAGAUUCUUUUCCAUGUCUUCUUCUUUUUUUCUUUUGUUUGAAUGAAUGUAACUGUUGUACAUCAAGCAUUGUAUAUUUUCACAACAUUGUCUUGCCAUUUCUUAUGUCUGUCAACUGUGUAGACCAUUUUGUCAGUGUUACCUCAUGGUCUCUCAUGUGUGGAUGUCUUGUACAGGUUACAUGUUUGUCUGAAAAAGCUUUAUUUAACUUUAAAAAACAAUGUCCUCUUAUUUACACCGUACCAUUUGAAUGUGAAGAAGCCAGUGUCCCUGUGUGUGUGGGGAUGUGUUGGCACGGUUCUUUGAUGGGAGACUGUUCUCUGAUCAGCCUGCGCUUUUGAAUAUUGCCUGUGAACAUAAGCGAGAUGUUUGAACAAUAACUUUGGGUGGGGGUGAAGAAAGCGGCUGGUCAGACCAGGACUCCCUCACUUGACGCUGUUCUGUGAAAUCGCUGACACUUGAAAUGUAUCUCGCCAACUGUUGCAGAACUAAUUAACCUUCAGAAAAAAAAUGCUAUCACUGAGCCCCCCAUUCCCCAUGUCCCCGAAACAAAUGUAUAUUUUACUCUACAUUGCUACUGAUAGAUACAGAAUAUAAUAGAUACAGAUAAAAAUCUAAAUCUUGCUACUGUAUAGUCAGUGCAGUAAUUCUUAGUUAUUUUAUUCAGUCGAUAUGUGAACUUUGUAGACCCUCAUCAGUGACAGUAUUGAAAAUGACACAUUAGCUUUCUGAGUAGUGUAUGAUACUGUUUUAUAACGUAGCUUGGCUCAAAGAUCGGUUGCUAAUGGGUCUGAGGACGGCAGGAAAAAAGACAUUUUAUGAUCUGUAAUGAUGUGACUGUUAGAUGCAUGACGGGAGAGCACAUGGCGUUAUUGAGACAUAGCAGCAAACAGGAGGAUCCUGCUCUCAACUGGGUCCGGAGCACACAGGACCGCCUCUUUCUUGAGUCCUGUGUCCUGAUUGGAUAAAGCGGGCAGGGAUACCGGAAAAUGUUCUUUUCUCUUUUACUGCAUGAGCAGCUGGGAGGUGAGACACGGGCAUCUGACCAAACACAGAUCACUGUUUGAAUACAGAGCUAUCUGACACGUUUUAGAAUAAAAAUAUACCACUUACAGCAGCUUUAAUAAUUCAGAAUUCAGCUGUACGGUGGCAUGUUCACACUGAAUGCAAAGUGAAUUUUAGAGGCAGCUUGACUGCAUUUAAAGCCAGCUGGAAACACUGAAAAGGGGAUACAACCAGAUGCUGUUGGAGCUAAUUAAAGCUAUACUGCAACUUUUAAUUAGUGGUUUUAAUUUACUAAUACGUCACUAUUUUUAGCAUUUAGCUAAAAUGCUAAGCUACAAGUGGAGUCAGUAAUGCCAGUUGAACAGUAAUCCCUGUCUAAAGUUUGUUAACACUGACCAACAUAAGCUACGGUCCCACGAGAGGAAGUCUAAAGUGAACAAUGGUGCAUUUUAAUUGUCUAAUUUAUCAUUUUUAAAUUGUUAGAGGAAGACUCUGUUAUACCUCCCCUCAAAAGAAGACAACCACGCUUUAAAGCAAAGAUGUUUCCACUCAAAUCAAUACGCUUCCGGUUUAUUUUUAUCCGACUUGAGUACAACACUGCUGAAAAAGGCAACCGUGGAAGACAAACGAAUCUUAAACCUUCUUUGUUUUCUUCAAAUCUUGAAAGAGGUGUGAAUUAUUGAUUUAUUGGAUUACAAAGUAACACGUUAGUAACUUAAAUCUGGCUGAACUUUCCCUUUAACAUAUCAGAAAAGACAUAUCAGGAUGCUGAAGACCACCCCAGGCCAAUUUUCUACUUCAUAAUAUAUAUCAUAAUAUAUUUUAAAUGUAUGUUUUAGAGAUUAUAGCAACUCUGAGUCAUAUCAUCAUGAAUUGGAAGCUGUGGCGUCAUCCGAGCUGUAUACUGCUUUUGAUUCUCUCUAGCCACGUCGAAUAGAUGGAGACAAUCCAAUCAUGUUAAAUAGCCAUUUUCCACAUCAUUAUAUACACAUCUGUGUGUUGGAAAAUGCAUACAAACAAUCUGCUGCUGUUUUUUGGAGUCUGUCUGUCUAUUUUGGAAUUGCUGGGAUUCAAAUAUUGUAAGUGGAUCAUUUAUAUUUGUACUGUUUACAACUUUAAAGUGCAUGAGAUGGACUAUCAAAGAUUGAUUCUUGUUAUGAAAAAAAUAUCCUUCUACACUAUAUAUAUAUAAAAAAAAAGUAUGUGAGCAUUUUUCUGAUGAACUGUUGUCCAUUGAGCAGUUUGAUCUCAAUACCUAAUGAAGUUUUACGUCAGGCUUUGCAAAACUUUUUCGACAGCUUUGUUUGAGAAAAUGAUUGUUUGAGAAUAUUUAUAGAUUAUAUAAAUGAUUAGACUAGCAUUUCAAUCAAAAAAAAAAAAAAAAAGAAAAAAAGCGUUGCGACCUGUGCACAUGCUAGAGGUGACAACAACCUGACUGGACAACAAUCAAAGAUCUAACAUUAGUGCCAAGUGUACAUAACAGAUUGUAGACUAUUUUUAUCGUCACUUGCCGUAAUAUCAAUAUUUCUUGUGAAUUUUUUGACCUUUCUUUUGAAUGUACAAAUUGUGUUGUGUUCUUUUUUUUUUCCUUUUUGGUUGUUGUUUCUGUUUUCUGUUCAUUUAAAAUUCUUUUUCCGCCAUUUUCCUUCUAAUUGCAUAAGCAUUGAUGCUGUGUUGUUUCUUUUCCUUGAUUCCGUCCUUGUAUUGUAGAUUGAUAGCUCCAAAAAGCUUGUAUUUAAUGAUGCCUUAUGGUCCAUGGCUUAGUGAUGAGUAGAUUUUGAUCACAAGCUCUUUUAUUUGCACUCAUCCUUUACAAAGUGUAUGACA